GACAAUUGCUGGGAUUGCGAUUUUUGUUUGUCAUUCCGCUCAGCAAAAAGUAAGAAACUGUGUUCAUUCAGUAAAAACAGUUGAAAAAAAAUAAAAAAUCAUGGAUUUGGAUAUUGCCCGUGAUCUUCCACGCCCAGGCUUCAACUUCGACAACUGCAAACGAAAUGCGACUCUUUUGAAGGGGGGCUUCAAGCCGCCAACCACAACCAAGACCGGUACCACAAUUGUGGGCAUCAUCUUCAAGGAUGGUGUAAUUCUGGGUGCCGAUACAAGGGCCACCGAGGGCCCCAUCGUCUCAGACAAGAACUGCGCCAAGAUCCACUACCUGGCCAAGAACAUAUAUUGCUGUGGAGCUGGAACCGCUGCCGACACUGAGAUGACCACGGAUCUGAUCUCGUCACAGCUGGAGCUGCAUCGCCUGGGAACUGAGCGCGAGGUGCGCGUGGUGGCUGCCAAUGUGAUGCUGAAGCAGAUGCUCUUCCGCUACCAGGGCCACAUUAGCGCCGCCCUGGUGCUGGGAGGCGUGGACAAGACCGGUCCGCACAUCUACAGUAUCCAUCCGCACGGCAGCGCGGACAAGCUACCCUAUGCCACCAUGGGUUCUGGUUCCCUGGCCGCCAUGUCUGUUUUUGAGAGCCGCUGGCGUCCCGACAUGUCUGAGGAGGAGGGCAAGAAGCUGGUGCGCGAUGCCAUUGCCUCUGGUGUGUUCAACGAUUUGGGCUCUGGCUCCAACAUCGAUCUGUGCGUGAUUCGCAAGGGCAGCGUGGAAUAUCUGCGCAACUACGAGCUGGCCAACAAGAAAGGCGAGCGCAAGUUGGACUACCGCUUCAAGAAGGGCGCCACACCCGUUCUCCACACAUCUGUCAGGGAUUUGAUCGUCAACGAGAGCGUCACAGUCGUUCCAAUGGAGACAUCUUAGGGGAAUCAUUUUCUACUUUUCGUACAUUUAUAAUAAAAGAGUUGUGCUCUAAGGACCUGUGUGGAGUGGUAUAAUAAACGAAGCCUUGCUUCAAGA